AUGGCGACUGGUGUGAAUUCUGCGGAUCUUUCUUCUCCAGCUGGUUCUUCUGGUUCUAAUGUCGCGCCCAAUGCGUCCAAUCCGUCUCUUUCUUCGAUCACUGUUCAGAAUAUCACUGGCAUGGUUGCAACGAAGCUCACUCGCCACAACUACAUCACUUGGCGUAGUCUCUUUCUUCCUGUUCUGAAACGAUUCAAGCUUUUAGGGCUUGUCAAUGGAACUGAUGUGUGUCCUCCUCCAUUUGUGACUGAUUCGUCCGGAUCUCAAGUUUCUAAUCCUGCAUUUGAGAAUUGGUGUGAUCGUGAUCAAAUCCUGAUGAUUUGGAUUAAUUCAACAUUAUCUGAAGAUCUCCUUCCAUUGACGGUUGGCAUGGACGAUUCCAGAUCUCUCUGGCAAUCUCUCGAACGUCGGUUUUCUGGUGCAUCUCGUACUCACAUUCACAACCUUCGUUCGAAGAUUCAGACUAUCCAAAAAGGAGACUCUUCAAUGACUGAUUACCUCAACUCUCUUAAGGAAAUCUCUGAUAAACUUGCCGCGGCUGGCGAACCAAUUUCUGACUCAGAUCUUGUGGCCUACAUUCUUUCUGGUCUCUCUACUGAGUAUGAAUCAUUUAUUGAUUCUAUUGAAACACGAUCUGACUUUGUCAAUCCUGAUGAGCUGCAUGGAUUACUCCUGAGUAAAGAGAUUUCUCUUCUGAAACGCAAAUCCAGAGAACCGUCUUCUUCUUCAGCACCUUUUCAUGCUUAUACGGCUCAACCUGGUUCCAACAAUUUCAGAGGCCGUGGUCGAUUUCAGAACAAAAAUCGCUACAAUUCGAAUCGCAAUUUUGGAGGAAAUCGUCAUUACAACAACACUUCUGGAAGUCUUCUUGGUCCUGGUCCUAAUUCCAGAUCCACAUUCUCUGGUCAGAAUUUCACCAAUUCCUUUUCUGGCCGCUCUCUUCAGUGCCAAUUAUGUCUCUAA